AUGGCCUUGCCGAUUGUGACUGCAGAUGUGACUACAGGUGCAAACCUCCCACCUGAGUCUGUGGUGGAGCCUAUGGACAAGAAGAAGAAGAAUACCCUGAUGAAUCAGUCGAAGAACAAGGCUGCCCAGGCCAAUGAAAAAAUCGAGGAGGCGAAGCUGCUGAAAGAUGAGAUCAGUGGUAAUGACAACUUGUCACAGCCUGUGAAGAAUGGGUUCUCUGCUGAGCUUGACAUCCAUGCCAAGAGCCUUGCAGAGGCCAAGGAGAAGGUGGAUGCUUUGGUGGCCAAAAGCUCCACCGAGAAGCUACAGGAUUGCUUGGACGAGCUGAACCAAACCAUCACAAACUACACCCAGUCUGCUACGGCCAUGAAAAAGCUCGCAACCGGUCCGCAAGUGCACAUUUGCAGCUGGAUGCAUCCUCAUGCAUAUUACAACUGUAGCCUAUAG